AUGGGUUACUUCCUACCUUAUGAAUCUCUUCCUCAUUUGAAGGAGUACAAGUAUCAAAGCGAGGACCGCUCAAUCAUAUCCAAGUACAUCCUCAAGCCAUUCUGGAUUAAAUUCGAGCCUAUUUUCCCAAUGUGGAUGGCUCCCAAUGUUGUGACUUUACUAGGGUUGGUGUUUAUUCUGGUCAAUUUGGCAACUGUGUUUUAUUACGACCCGUUCUUAGUAGGCGAGCAGCCUACGUGGACUUACUUCUCUUAUGCGCUGGGUCUCUUCUUAUACCAAACUUUCGAUGCUUGUGAUGGUAUCCACGCCCGUCGUACUGGUCAAAGUGGACCAUUAGGUGAACUGUUUGACCACUGUGUAGAUGCAGUCAACACAACGUUGUCAACCAUCGUUGUGGCAUCAGCAAUUGGUAUGGGGUACUCUUGGUUGCUUGUCAUUGCUCAAUUCGGAACCCUGGCAAACUUCUACUUGAGUACAUGGGAAGAGUUCCACACGCACAAGUUGUUCCUCUCAGAGUUUUCGGGCCCUGUUGAAGGUAUUUUGAUUGUCAUUGCAAUCUUCAUCAUUACCGGUAUCACAGGACCAGGGAUUUGGAAGUACGAGUUCGCUCAAUUGAACCUGUCCUCAGUUGGACUUGAUGAUUCGAUCGCCGUGACACCAAUGCUAUGCUUUGUCGUCUUUAGCGCUGUGAGUUUGUAUUUCAACAUUGACAGUGCAAGAAGAAACGUUGAUAAAUACUAUGCCGACUCCAAGCUUUCUCUCAAGGCUUAUAAAGGACUGGUCCCUUUCUUUGUCUACUACCUUUCUGUUUUCGCAUGGUUGUUGUACAACCCAAUUAUAGUGGAUCAGUACUUGUUACCAUUUGUUCUGACCAUUGGGCUUACCCUUGCUUUCAACGUUGGUCGAAUUAUCAUUGGUCAUUUGACUAAGCAGCCAUUCCCAAACUCAACUCCAUCUUCCUUCAUACCAUUGGCGGAGUUUUUGAUCCACUUGCUUUUGACCAAGCUGGGAUACACCGAUCCUCUGUUGACCGGAUACCUUGUUUGGACCGGAUUCGGGUUGAGUCUUGGGUUCCACGCCAUGUUCAUCACAGAGAUCAUCUAUGAAAUUACAAUAUAUCUAGACAUUUACGCACUCAGUAUUAAAUAUCCAAAGAAGGAGUAA